CUGACUGCUAAUGACAAACGUGAACUUUUCCUUUUCUCCGUGCAUCCUUGCAUCAAAAUUUGUGUAAGGUGUUUGUCAAACUUAUUGUAAUCGUAUUGGUGUGUAAAAUUUAAGAUAAAGCACUAAUCCCCUUUCCAACGCCCAAAUAAAUUUAUAAAAGUUACUAUUUGUUAAAUAUUAAACAUUUUCAAUGGCUGUCCAAAUAGAAACAAUUGACUUGGCAAUGGAUUCAGAUGAGGUUCCUGAUGAAAUGAUUCCACCUAACAAAGAAAAGUAAAACUGCUGAGCUCAAGAAAGACCUGGGAAACUCACAGUAUAGAUUGAAGCAGUAUAGCAAGGCUCUUCCAUUUUAUACUGAAGCCAUAGAGCUCUGUCCAGAAUCAGCCUCAUAUUAUGGCAACCGAGCAGCUUGUUACAUGAUGAUGUCAAAAUACAAAGAAGCUCUUGAAGAUGCUCGCAGAUCAGUCACUCUCAACCCUAAAUUUACCAAGGGAUGGAUCAGAGUGGUGAAGUGCUGCCUUGCCCUUGGUGACACAUCAACAACUGACAACGCUCUGACACGACUUGCUGAGUUAGAGCCAAACAAUCCAGCUGUGGCAGAAGAAAGAAAAAACCUGAACAUACUGAAACGCCAUGAAGAGGAUGUUAAAAAAGCGUAUGACAAAAAGGACUAUAGGAGGGUGGUGUAUUACUUGGACCGUUCACUAGAUGUCGCUCCUGCCUGCACACGAUUGAAGGUCUUGAAGGCCGAGUGUCUGGCAUAUCUGGGUCGCUACCAAGAAGCUCAGGAGCUUGCUAACGACAUCGUCUCUGCGGACCAGACCAAUGCUGAUGCUAUCUACGUUCGAGGCAUGUGUCUCUAUUACCAGGAUAAUGUGGAACGCGCCUUCUCUCACUUCCAGCACGUUCUCAAACUCGCCCCUGAUCAUAAAAAAGCCAUCGACAUCUACAAGAAAGCAAGAAAGAUGAAAGAUUUAAAGGAACAAGGAAAUGAAGCAUUUAACAGUGGAAAACUUGCAGAAGCGUACUCCCUAUACUCAGAAGCUCUUACAAUUGAUCCCAACAACAUUUCCACCAACUCCAAACUAUACAGCAAUAGAGCUACAGUUUCAUACAAGUUGGGCAGAUUAAAUGAAGCAGUGACAGAUUGCACGGCCGCGCUUAAUCUCGACAGCAAGUAUCUGAAAGCUUUGUUGCGAAGAGCUAAGUGUUACAUGGACCUGGAACAGUUUGAAGAAGCUGUCCAAGACUACGAAAAAGUGUGCAAUUUAGACAAAUCAAGAGAAAACAAAAGGCUACUUGCUGAUGCUAAAUUCGCUUUGAAGAGAUCAAAACGAAAGGAUUACUACAAGAUUUUGGGUGUUGAACGCAACGCUUCCACUGAUGAUAUCAAGAAAGCUUAUAGAAAACGUGCUCUUGUUCACCACCCUGAUCGACAUGCGAACGCCUCUGAUGGUGAAAAGAAGGAACAAGAGAAGAAAUUUAAAGAGGUGGGAGAAGCUUAUGGUAUUCUAUCUGAUCCCAAGAAGAGGGCUCGAUACGAUAACGGUCAAGAUAUGGACGAGGGAUUUGACAUUUCAAAUGACAUUGAUCCCAACAACGUGUUCCAAGCAUUUUUCGGUGACCAAUCGGCAGGAGGAUUCAACUUCGGUGGUGGCCAGUUUCCCGGAGGCUUCACCUUUCACUUCCAGUAGACUCUCCCCAACACUGUACAGUAUCUCACAGAUAUACUUGAUGUUCUAUAUUUCCUGGGUCAAACUCAAUUUACCAAGCUGUUUUCAAUACUGAACAUUUAAAAGUAAGAUUUUACAUUUUCCUGUGUGUAAUUUCUCGUUCAGUUAAGAGUUGUGUUUAAGUAUAGUUUGUAGUGAAAUAAAAUAAAAGGAUGUUUGAUAUUUGUUAUCCAAAGAUAGUAAAGAUAUCAACCCCUGUG